AUGCGUGCUUGUCGGGUCGUGGUCGAGAAGGAAUGGUUUUCUCUUGCGCCUUCCGGGGGAGUGGCUACGUUUCAGCCGCCCACGGAGAUGAGGGUCGAUGCCAAACAGGCUGCUUUGGCCGCAAUGAAAGGUCUUGAACCCAGUCAAUCGGACAACACUUCGUUGGAGUCCAACCUGAUGAAGGAUAUGGAUGGAGGGAUGAAGCUGACGCUAACAUCACAGGAACGAAGGGCAAAAGAGGCCGUCGUGCUGCCUUAUGAAAAGUCCCAAGGAGCACAGUGCAGCGAGUUAAACGUUGCCCAGGAGUCGUUGGGGGAGAUACACUACGUUCGAGAUUCGGAAAGCGAAUACGACUCAGACGAGGACCCAGAUGAAGAUCUGGACAUCUAG